AUGUCUUCGGAAACCCCAGUAAGAACGGCCAUCAUCACCGGGGCAUGCUCUGGUAUGGGCCUUGCUCUAACGCGACAUCUCCUAUCCAGUAAAACUAUUUGCUGGAUGAUCGUUAUGGCGGAUAUCAACGAGAAAGCGUACUUUGACAUCUCACCAACGCUUAGCGAAGAUGUAGGACGUGUCAUGUUCGAGCGAACAGACGUUUCAUCGUGGGAAGACAAUGCCCGUCUCUUCAAAAAAGCUUUCAAUUGGUCAUCUGCUGUGACCGACGAUGAGAAAGGGAGAAUUGAUUUCUUUGCCGCAAAUGCUGGGAUCCUUGAUCAAGAAUCAAUAUAUGCACAUUUUGACCUAGAGGCGGAACCGGCCAAACCGAACCUAGCAACAAUCGAGGUUGACUUGUUGUCUUCGUUGUACGGCCUCAAGCUGUUCAUCCACUACGCUCGAAAGACUCGAGCUCAACUCCCGGCAUCGGCAUUAUUCACACCUGCAAUGAUCAUCACAGCGUCGGCAGUAGCCUUGUAUCAAUUUUCCAUCGGCCCUCAAUACUGCGCGGCGAAGUCUGGUCUGGUAGGCUUAACGAGGAGUGUCGGCCCGAAACUUCUAGCAGAAGACAAUCUGACUGUCAAUGCCAUCCUGCCAGGCUUGGUGGCCACCGCUCUUCCCGCUGCCUGGUUGCUCGAGCAAUGCCCUCCAGAGUACAUUACGCCGAUGAGUUUAAUCAUUGAGGCAUUCGAUGAAUUGAUGAAGGAAGAGAUCAUGGAUGGGAAGCUAACAAGGAAGACCGGGCAAUGCGUAGAGGUCUCAGAGGACAAACUUCAUUAUAGAAAACCACUUGAGUAUUCGUCCGAGGGUGCGCGAUGGCUAUUGGAUGGGGAUAUGGAAAGGCGCUUCGUGACCAGUGGUCCUCCAUCAACAGAUGCAAAGGAUCAAUAA